GCGUCCUCCCGAGAUUUCCGCGCAGCGGGCUUGGUGGUCACGUGGGCCCUUAGACGCCUGCCCUCCUCCCCCCGCCAGCCAGCCCCGGGUCUUUAAAAGGAAGGGGAGGCUCCUCGUUAAGUCGUCCGUGAUCUUCGCCGCGUCUCUGCCUCCCGGACCUGUUGAAUCCCAGUUCGCGCCCCUGCGGCUCGGUAGCCGGCAGCGCCGAAGCUGCGAGAAGCGCCCGUGGAAACUUGCAGCGGGUGGAGAGGAGGCGGCGGGAGAGCCGGGCCGGGGAGGGACCACCCGGGCUUCCAGUGCUGCGGUGUAGGCUGGCCUUCGGGGGCUGCGCGAGGUGCGCUCGCCCUCCGCGCCGGGUGGCCGCCAGCCCGGGGCCCGGACCUACCCCUCCGGGAGGAGCACGGGUCGGCGUUUUAGAGACCGCCGGGCUGGUGUUCACCUGCUAGCCAGCAUACCUGCCCAUGAGUCUUUGAGAACAGUACAAUGUCCCUUUGUGCCUCUCCUCACAAAGAGUUUCCUCAGCUGUUACCUAUUCAAGACAUGGAUAUAAAAAACUCACCAUCUAGCCUUAACUCUCCAGCUUCCUACAACUGCAGUCAAUCUGUCCUACCCCUGGAGCACGGCCCCAUAUAUAUACCUUCCUCCUAUGUUGAGAGCCACCAUGAAUAUUCCACCAUGACGUUCUACAGCCCUGCUGUGAUGAAUUACAGCCUUCCCAGCAGUGCCAGUAACUCAGAAGGUGGACCCGGUCGACAGACCACAAGCCCGAAUGUGCUGUGGCCAACUCCUGGACACCUCUCUCCCUUAGCGAUCCAUUGCCAGUCAUCACUUCUGUAUGCAGAACCUCAAAAGAGUCCUUGGUGUGAAGCAAGAUCACUAGAACCCACCUUACCUGUAAACAGAGAGACACUGAAAAGGAAAGUUAGUGGGAGCAGUGGUGCCAGCCCUAUUACUAGUCCAAGUUCAAAGAGGGAUGCUCACUUCUGUGCGGUCUGCAGCGAUUAUGCAUCUGGAUAUCACUAUGGAGUCUGGUCAUGUGAAGGAUGUAAGGCCUUUUUUAAAAGAAGCAUUCAAGGACAUAAUGAUUACAUUUGCCCAGCUACAAAUCAGUGUACAAUAGAUAAGAAUCGGCGCAAGAGCUGCCAGGCCUGCCGGCUCCGGAAGUGCUAUGAAGUGGGGAUGGUGAAGUGUGGUUCCCGGAGGGAAAGGUGUGGGUACCGUGUUAUGCGAAGGCAGAAAAGUUCCGAGGAGCAGCUGCACUGCCUGAGCAAAGCCAAGAAAAAUGGCGGACAUGUGACCCGAGUGAAGGAGCUGCUGCUGAGCGCCCUGAGCCCGGAGCAGCUGGUGCUCACGCUCCUGGAGGCAGAGCCGCCCCAUGUGCUCGUGAGCCGCCCCAGCACGCCCUUCACCGAGGCCUCCAUGAUGAUGUCCCUGACCAAGCUGGCCGACAAGGAGCUGGUGCACAUGAUUGGCUGGGCCAAGAAAAUUCCAGGCUUUGUGGAGCUCAGUCUCUACGACCAAGUGCGCCUCCUGGAGAGCUGCUGGAUGGAGGUCCUAAUGGUGGGGCUGAUGUGGCGCUCCAUUGACCACCCGGGCAAGCUCAUCUUUGCCCCCGACCUCGUUCUGGACAGGGAUGAGGGGAAAUGUGUAGAAGGAAUUCUGGAAAUCUUCGACAUGCUCUUGGCAACAACUUCAAGGUUCCGUGAGUUAAAACUCCAACACAAAGAGUAUCUCUGUGUCAAGGCCAUGGUCCUCCUCAACUCCAGUAUGUACCCUUUGGCCGCAGCAAGCCAGGAGGCUGAGAGCAGCCGGAAGCUGACUCACCUGCUGAAUGCGGUGACCGACGCUCUGGUCUGGGUGAUUGCCAAGAGCGGGAUUCCCUCCCAGCAGCAGCCCGUGCGCCUGGCUAACCUCCUGAUGCUCCUCUCUCACGUUCGACACGCCAGUAACAAGGGCAUGGAACACCUGCUCAACAUGAAAUGCAAAAACGUGGUCCCAGUCUACGACCUGCUGCUGGAGAUGCUGAACGCCCACACGCUUCGCGGGCACAAGUCCUCGCUUGCUGGGGCCGAGUGCAGCGCAGCAGAGGAGGGUAAGAGCAGGGAGGGCUCCCAGAAGCACCCGUCCCAGUGAUGCCCAGUCUGAGGCCAACAGGCCACAGAGGAGGUCAGAGGCUGAAGCGUGACCUCCAGUGCAAACCGUGAGCUCUGUCUGGGAUGGGCAGGCUUCGUCGUCUCGCUCGUGUGGUCCCUCCUUUGGUUAUGGCAGGCCCAGCUGGGCACCAUCCUGCACCCGAAUGCCCCGCUUCCCAGAGUCGGGUGAGAAAGCCACAGUGUUCCCUGGUUCCGGGGGGGAUGUUCCAAUGCUGACGUCACAUCUUGCUCAGCCUCUUAGGAUCUCAGUGUGGUCCUUUCUUACUUCUCAUCUCCCUUCUGCCCCUCUGGAAAACAUCUUAAAGGUUUGGGACUGAAUGGUGGAAAUCCGCUGUGCAAGGUGUAUAGAGCGGGGAGACGCCGGGGCCCUUACGGAAGUGGACUAACCUUUAUGGGGCAGCCUGACCUGCCCUUACACACAGACCUCCGUUUGCUCUCUUCAGGGCCACUGGAUGGUAGGAUGGAAAACCGUGGCAGUGAAUGAACUAGUUCCACACACUUAUGUCACAGGCCUGUGAGGACUGAGGUCACGUAUCGCUAUUACUGUGGAAGGCUGGAGGGAUCGUGACCUGGGGAGCCAGUGGUCGGGCUGGGAGGUGAGCCACACCCUUCCCCCAGACCUUGCUGCCAUCUCCAUAGGGUUUCAUUCCUCUUGAUUUGCAUUCAUCGAGCCUACUCAUUAUUUGGGGUGCAUUUAUGUGUUUGAUCACUUUUAUGGAGGAUUGUGGAGAUUUAAAUUUCUGUCCCUUCCUUAAAACUCCCAUCCCAAGGAGCUCAGUGUGUGCUGGAGAAAGGCCCAGCAUUUGCAGGAACGGGUUUCUCCUGUGAGUCUGGGUCACAGCUAUGCUGUGGGGCAGCCACAAGUGCCACAUCAGCCAUCCAGAUGGGGACAUGUCAGGCUGUGUAGACUUGGUAAGCAUAUCACUUUAAGGAGACCUGGUUUGUGAAUUCUACUUUAAAAAAUAUCUAGGGAUAGUUAUUUAUAGCAAGGAAGAAUUCUUUUGCACCGUAGUGCUCUUUUAAACUAUUUUCUUAUCAGAACAUUUUUAUGAUGAGCUGGGUGAAAUGGAAACUUCAUAGAAGAAUAUUCGUUUCUAUUCCAAGUGGGACAUAGGACAAGAUGAUCAAGCACGUCUGGAAUUACAAUUUUAACUCACUUUUAAAAAACUGAAAUCUUCAGGAACAUAGUGAACGCACUAAAGGGUUACAUCUAUACCUUGGCAGUGAGUGGUUACAUACAUGUUUUGAUUUUUGUGAUGAUGUUUUGAAAAACUACCUUGUGAUCGAUGAAACUCAUUCUCUUUUUUAAAAUGGGUUUACUUGGGCGGGCACAUUCUGUAUUUAUUAAGUCAUCAGGAAGAUUAAAUUCGAUGUUAUGAAGGUUGGUUUCUGCUAGGGAGUCCUUAAAUAAUUCUCAGUUUUGGUAUCGGUGCAGAUUUACUACAAGUUGAGCAGAGCUGUCUCAGAAACACUUGGACACAGACCUAAGGAGCACACGCCAUUGUCUGUAUUCUGAGUUGGUCUGAAAUGAUUCCUCAUGGUUCAGUUUUGCAGCCUAGGUGACACUCGGUGCAGAACGUAUGCGUUGCAUUUUACAGGAGCCGGGGAACAUCCAGAAGGUCGAUUUUCUCUCUUUCUGGCCAGCCUAGACCCGCACCCCAACAAACUUAAGUUACAAGGCUGGAGAACAGGAAGUGGGAGGCAAGGGAAGCCAUCUUGAACAAGUAUCUGCUGGUGAAAUUCUCUUAGUUAUACUUACAAGGAGAUUACCAGAACAAGGUCUAAGCCACUGCCACAGUGGCUGAUAGGGACUGAUGUAUUUUAGGUUGGAAUUUGAUGCCCACAGUAGAGACCAGAUUGGUCUCAGGGGGCGAAGCAGCUUUCCAUACCAAAUCCUGUGCUUGCCUGGGCUGGUGCGUGUGCUAGUGAGCUCUUCCAGGGCCCACUGCUCGUUUCCUAGUUAUUCCUGCAUGCUUUGUGAGGCUGCCUGCUUCCCUGCAUUUGGAGUUAGCCCAUGAGGGGGCUUUUAAUACUUUAGGUCAUUUCUUCUUGGCUCAGACUGCUACAGUGGCGUGCUGGGGAUAGAGGUCAGUCCAGCCUUGGUUGGGGUUGGGAGUGGGGGUGCUUCGGGGCAAGGCUCUCUCUUAGAACUGGGGUCUGGGCCAAUGAGGCAGUUGAGAUAACACGGUCUGUAGCUGAAAGGUGUUCUUCCUUUUGUUUUGAAUAGUGUAGGGCCCAUUCCUCCUCGCAGAUGGGAGUGUUUUCAACCCCUGGGCCCAUCUGUUCCAAACUGUCCUCUAAAGCAGACACCAGUGUGUAGCCAGUCUGCUGUUUUUAUAUGUUUUUCGUAAAUCCUCAGUAUCCAUUUUAAAGAUUAAUAAUGUCUCCUAAACAGUGCUUUCUUUUAAAUGUCUUCUGUUUUGUGGGGGGCGGGUAUCCACACCCCGUCCUACGGACAACUUAAAAUUCUGCCAUAGCCUAGCAACGAGGACUUCAUUGUUUUCAAGAUCAGUUUUUAAAAGGAAUGAACAAGGGGGAAUAGGACCUGACAACUGUAAACAGGAAAUAACUUGAGUAUGGGUGGGGGGAACACUUUGUGUAUUACGGAAAAGUGAGCCUCAGCUUUGCCUCAGACUCGUGUGGCAAGAUAAUUCCUCCAUUUUGAUCUGCGAGUUAUUGUUUAAUGUGAGAAAACUUAUUUUUGGGAGAUGAAAUGAGAUUUGGGGUUAAUUCCAAAAACACGAGUGUCUUAUAUGGGAUCAUGUGGAUACAUCUUAAUGAAACAAUU